GGAGCACAUCGUCGCUUGCUCUCUUUCGUGAAAGGGAUUGCUCGCUGCCAUGGAUCCCCUUUUCAACGCCCUAUAGAUACUGUUUAGGGUUAGGGUUAGGGUUUUUGGAGCUUUAUCUUCAUGCUGAAAGCUAUGGGCCCUCCAUUUGGAUGUUUCUGAGGCUCGGGGCUUGUCUCAGCUCCGUUUGCUGUCGAUCUCUGGUGCCAAUUUGCUUUUCUUGGAGAAAGAAGAGAACUGUUUGAUGGAGUCUUUGUGAUUGCAUGGCAAGCAAAAAGAUGAAAUCUUGGGGAAUUCGGAAAGGGAUGAGCAGCAAGCAGGGGAAAGCUGAGAAUGUGUUGGAAUCUCCUCAGAAGAUUGUGGUGGCUGUUAGGGCUUCAAAGGAGAUACCGAGGACUGCCCUGGUGUGGGCUUUAACACAUGUUGUUCGCGCUGGUGAUGGUAUAUUGUUGUUGGUUGUCAUCCCAUCGCAUAAUUCAGGUAGAAGGCUGUGGGGUUUCCCCAGAUUUGCUGGGGAUUGUGCCAAUGCCAACCGGAGGUUGAAUUCUGGAACUACUCCAGAGCAGAAGUCUGACAUAGCAGAUUCAUGCACCCGGAUAGUGCUUCAACUUCAAAAUGCUUAUCAUCAGAAUAAGGUUAAUGUUAAGGUGAAGAUCACCUCUGGAUCACCUUGUGGUGCAGUAGCUGCUGAAUCCAAGCAAGCACGAGCGAAUUGGGUUGUUUUGGAUAAACAAAUGAAGCAAGAAGAGAAGCGAUGCAUGGAGGAGCUACAGUGCAAUAUUGUGGUCAUGAAGCAUAACCGCCCAAAAGUUCUUCGAUUGAACCUAGUAACUUCAGGUGAGAUGAAACCGAAAAUUCCUGUGUCCUUGGCUCCCAAGAUGUAUUCAUCAUUUAUGAAAAAUUCAAACCACACUGGUAAUUCUCAAAAUUCAAGUCUAGUAUCAGUUGUGACUUCAAACGGCAGUGCUGAGACAAGAGCAACAUAUGGUGGUACUGAACUUGGAACAUCCUCAAUCUCUAGUUCAGAUCAGGCAACUUCACUAAAAUUUCUUUCUGAGGCAGAUAUUAGCCAUAACAAAGAGGAGGCAAUUAGUAAAUCUGAAAAUAGAAAUUCAGAUGCUUGUUUUUCUGAUUCUGAUGGUGAAAGCUUGGCAACCCCUCCAACUAAAGAGUUUCAAGCAUUGUUAUCUGAGAUCCUCAGUGGAAGGCAAUAUUCCCAAAAUGAAGUGGAGGGGCAUUCAGAGAUAUGCAAUAGCAAUGCUCAUUUUUCAAUAUCCAAAUCCUUACUAGAGAAAUUCUCCAGGUUUGACAUGGAAGCUAACAGGAUCGUUGACUUCAAGCAUAGUGCAGAUCCUGGAAACAAUGCCAAUGCCAGGGAAAAGAUUUUAAUUGCCAGAAAUAUACCUUCAGGAUCACCGCCUCUUUGCUCAAUAUGUCAACACAAGGCACCUGUUUUUGGUAAGCCCCCCAGGAUGUUCACUUAUGCUGAACUGGAACUUGCUACGGGUGGGUUUUCUACUGCUAACUUCUUGGCCGAGGGUGGGUUUGGAUCUGUUCACAGAGGAGUCCUGCCUGAUGGUCAGGCAGUUGCUGUCAAACAGCACAAAUUGGCAAGUUCUCAGGGGGAUAUUGAGUUCUGCUCAGAGGUGGAAGUUUUGAGCUGUGCACAGCACCGUAACGUAGUAAUGCUAAUUGGGUUCUGUGUUGAAGAUGGAAGAAAGCUGCUGGUUUAUGAAUAUAUCUGCAAUGGAUCAUUGGAUUCACAUCUUUAUGGCCAUAAUAAAGAACCUCUGGAAUGGUCAGCCAGACAAAAAAUUGCUGUUGGAGCAGCACGAGGGCUGAGAUACCUGCAUGAAGAAUGCAGAGUUGGUUGCAUUGUCCACCGUGACAUGAGGCCAAAUAACAUCCUCAUCACACAUGAUUUUGAAGCGCUGGUUGGAGACUUCGGCUUGGCAAGAUGGCAGCCUGAUGGAAACAGUGGUGUCGACACAAGAGUAAUUGGCACCUUUGGGUAUCUAGCACCAGAAUAUGCACAGAGUGGCCAAAUCACAGAAAAGGCUGAUGUCUUCUCCUUUGGCGUUGUACUAUUGGAGCUUUUCACUGGAAAGAAAGCUGUAGAUAUCAACCGAGCAAAGGGUCAACAAUGCCUCACUGAAUGGGCUCGCCCUUUGCUCGAACAGGAUGCAAUUCUUGAGCUCAUGGACCCUCAAAUAAAGAACAAUUACUCAAACCAUGAAGUUAAAUGCAUGUUGCUUGCGGCUUCACUGUGCAUCAGGCGAAAUCCGUUGACAAGGCCGCGAAUGUCUCAGAUACUCAGAAUAUUGGAGGGUGACAUGGUGAUAGAACCUGGUCAUUGGAAUCCAUCACCAAAUCAUGGCAAUGGGAUUGGAACUGAAUGUGAAGAAGAGCAAUGCAAGGGUUUGGGUGGGAAAUAUAUAUACAAGACCUUGAGAGCUGCCUGUGAGAAAGGUGAUUCAAAUUUCAUGCAGAGAUGAUCAACCUUUCUAUGUAAAUCAUUUGAAGGCUGCAAAGUCAAUCACUCACUUGCCUUCUCAAAAAUUGAAUGCCUGAAUGGAAUAU